AUGGAUAUUUUGGCUGCAGGCACUAGUGGAUUACUGUUAGAAAGAUUUCUCAGCACUGGAGACACCAUUCUUAUUAUUUCAAGAGGGUGUUGCACUUCCCAUAUUUCCUGUUUCUCGGGACACAUCCUAUUUAUCAGUUUUCUCCAACACAACCUCAUCUGGCUCGUAUUUUCCUAUUUCUUCCGUUACUGCAUCCUUCAUCGGACUGCUCCCCCCACUCAAAAAGUGAUAUUCGCUGCUGUAGCCUGCUAUUUGCCAAACCUAAUCCACAGUGUGAUAUGGAUCAACAUGUUCGCUGAAAAUAAGAUUUCAAAAGCACCGAAAAUAUUCUCGAAGCCUAGCGAUCAGGUGAUGGCAGGAUGGGUGGUAGAGAAGUCAAGCUGGGCGGUUUUGGUACUGUUGGGGAUAUCUUCAGUGUUGGUGUUUGCUUUUUAUUUGUUGGUUCGAUAUAAUUUGGUGGUGUUCAUGAGGAAAAAUACCGCGAGGCUGUCGAAAAAUGCAUUCGUUUUUCAUCGGAAGCUACUAGAGACCGCGCAUCUCCAAUCCUCCAUCCCCAUCCUCAUUCUCACUGGAACAGUCCUCUUCUUCGCUAUGCAUUUCACCAUCCUCAACCCAAUCCACGUACAGUACCUUCCCUCUAUCCUAUUCACCUUGACCACUAUCAUCUCCCCAAUCAGUUACUUCAUUUUCCUUCCACCCCAAUGGAAUUUCUGUUUUGGAGUUUCCAAAGGGCAGAAGGAGAGUUCCAUGACUGCAACUAAUAAUGGAAUUCGAAGUGUUAAUUUUGCGAUAAGUGUUUUCUGA